AUGGCGUGUCGGAAAGAAAUGUUGAAAUACAAGGAACUGGAAGCCUCUAAAAAAGAUAUCGAAGAGGGAACCAUUUGUGCAAAUUCCAAAGUUCUGUGUAAAAUAUUGAAACCGGGUUGCAAAGUUCUAGAAAAGUUUUCAAAAUCCCAACAUAACUGUGGAAUAAUUCUUGGUCCUCAAAAGCGUACCUGGAAUACCGGCUGUCAUGUCACCCAAACCAAGCGUUCACCAAAUGACUCAUUUGUCCGGGGGAACAAGGGUCAAAGUGAAUAUAAAUUUUCCCGCGGAGAUAAUAGAGGGAAUUUUGGUCGAUCAAAUACUGCAAAUAAUGGUAAUUUUAGUAGAAGGAGUGGCCCAUCGAAGGAAAGUGCUCAUAUUCGAGGCAGGGCAAGUGAUUCUUUCAAUGACAGCGAAACUGAACCAGAGUGGUUUACUGAGGGCCCAGAAACGGUUAAUGAUACUGUCGAACUCGGUAUGAGUAUUGAUGAUGAUGGUGAAUUUAAACCGACUGAGAAACCCUCCAUUUCUGACAAAGGUGACACUGUUGCUACAGCUAGUAUAAACCCAUCAGUAAUCGACAGUGCCAUUUUGUCAAUUGAUAAAGAAUUGCUUCCUUAUACUGAAAAAGAAGCUUCUAAACCCUCCGAAGUUACUGAUUCUGACCUAUUGAAGUUAUUCAACAUUCCCAAGAAGAAAACUAAUGAAGGAAGUCUUGUUCUGAAACUUCUAAAUGAUUCGAAUGCUAACCCACCGCUCCCUAAAAAUAACCCCCCAGGUCCUUCUCAAGAUAAUGCCAAUUUCGUGCUCAAAUUCUCCGUAACAGAUGAUGAUGAUCAGCCUGUUGCCACGAAUUCUCGACUCCAAACCCCAAUAAGUUCUUCCCAACCUUCUCCCUCCGAUCUGAGUUCAAUGUUUAGAGAUCUUGUUCUUCGCGGCAAUGCCUCCUCUCUACCUCUUGAUGUCCCUAAUGUUUCAUCCAAAUCAUCUCUUCUGUCGUCAGUCCCUACAGUGGAACAGAUUGAAGCUGCGGCACUUGCCAAGGGAAGGUCCGGAAACUUCCAAAACUUUCCUAUUUCUGGCUAUGGGCAUCCUGAACAGUCUACUCGUGGUCGCAGUAUUCUUGAGACUCUACGACUUACAGAAAAUACGCGCGGCCUACCUCGUCACCAGGGUUUUGAUUCAUACAAUCCUCAACAGGCUAGUAUGUCCAACUGGAGUGAAACGUCAUUCAAUCGUAACCAGGGCAAUAAUAUGACAACGGUCAAUUCCUCGGGUGAUAGCUAUCAUCUUGGAGACCAAUUUAUGCGUUUAGCGGGACAAGGUGGCUAUGGCCAGCGUUCUCAGGUGGCCGGGAGAAAUCUUCCCAACGAUCCCGCAAUAGCCACUGCAAUCCCGCAGCGUCGGGGUAUACCCUUGAAUCCUACUCGUUCUGAAUUUGAACAGGCGGUACUGGCAGCUCAAAACCGGCAUCUGCAGCAACAACAGCAACAGCAAUCCCAUCAACAAAAUCCUUUCUUCCAUCUUCAUCAGAGCUAUCGUUCUGGUAUACCAACUUCAAGCCUUCGUCCCAGCGCUAGUGUGGAGGCUGCUAUGAGCCAGAUGAGAGGCCAACUUCUAGCUAUGCGUCAACAAAACCCCCCUACCCCUCCCAAUUCCACCUUUUCCUCAACCACAACACUUCGUGGUAGUGGGAACAUCAACAGCACCCAACUAGAGCAGUACCUCCAAUCGACAACGACAACACAUCGCGGAGGAGGCAUCGGGUUGUCCACGAUAGACAAUUUCUACAUAUCCCAACCUCAGCAGCAUCGUCACCUAUCCCAGCAGUCCCCGCAGUAUGUUCCGUUGCGUCACAAUGGUUCCGCACCAAUCCUCCAACCACCUUCCACCAGCGGAGGUUUUGAUAUGUUCCUGUGCAAUUACGAUAAUAGUUUUGUUGAUCCUCAUUUAUCGCAUCAGCGUAAGAGACUAAUCUAG